UCAACAAUUGGCAUAGAGAAUUUUUCAGUAACUCUGCUCGUGAUUUGCGAGUUAUUGAAUCGUCGUUCUUGAUAAAUAAUAUUUGAUAUGUUUGAAGAACAGAUGGUUAUAAUAAUACUUGUAAAUUUUUGUAAAUAUCGAAUGUCUUGAAAUUUAAUGCAUCAUAUUUUACUUUCAACGUAAAUACAAAAUGCCUCAUUUCGUAAGCACCAAAGAUGAAAUUGUACAAAACAUGGACGAUAUCAAUUCUAAUUUUGCUUCUCUUAAAGUAUCUGUUUUGAAAAAAGCUUCUCGCAUAUCAGGCGAAGUGGAUAGAAUUACAAUUGGUCCUAAUUCAAUAACAAACGAAAAUGAAAAUAAAAAAUCAGAAAAUAUAGAAAAUGAACAAAAUUCUUGUAAUAUAACAAUUCCAAAAAAAUCUAUUCAUUCACAAAAUAAUGGCAUUACAUUUUCAGUAAAAAAAAUUCUUUUAGAAAGUGAAUAUCAAAGAAAAGAAGAAGUUCAGAAAGAAAUUGAGCGUCAUUGGCAACAUAUGAAAGAAAAUGGGAAAGUUAUACAAGAACAUAUAGCAGUAUCACGUUCACAUAUGGCUAGAGAACGUGAACGCAGAAAUAAGGAAAAUUAUGCAUACAUAUUGGCAGAAGAAAGAAUGGCAGAACAAGAAGAAAUACGAAGAAGACAUGAACGACAAAAAGAAGUUGAAGAAUAUAGGAAAGAAAUAAAAGAAAAAGAAGAAUUGACCAAAAAAAUAAUGAUUUUAAGAAAUAUGUACGUUAAAAAAUAUCAUGACAUUAUAGAACUUUCUGAAAAUUUUAAAGAUAAAAAUUCUUUUACGCUAUCAUCUUCUUAUGCCGUAAAAUUAGAAGAAUUACAUCUUCAAAUGAAAGUUGUAGAUGAAAAAAUUAAGAUAGGUGAUAUAACAUCUGUUGAUUUGAAUAUUAUAGUAAAUCUAAUUCAUCAAAUUGAUGAAAUGCAUGGCAUGUUUAAAUCGGAGAUAGAUAGAAUAAAUGUUCAAUGCGAAAGAAAUUUAGUUGGAACAGAAAAUACAGUACAUUCUCAUACUCAAUUACCAGUUUCAGAAAGUCAAGAACUUAAGAAUAAUCAAACAAUUUCUGAAACAGUUAUUUCAGAACAAAUAAUUCAAAAUACUGCUAAUAAUUCAGAAAAUAAUAAUUUUCAAGAAUAUGGAGAUGAAGAAAAGCAAAGAAAUUUACAAACAGAUAAUAUAUCUUCAGAUAUUUCACAAAUAACAUCAUCAACUGCUAAUAUAGAAGAAAAUAUAUCAAAAACUGAAUUAGAUAAAGAUCACUUAUAUGAAUAUGUUGAUAAAGAUUUGUUAGAAACAUACAUGAAUAGUCAAAAAUUUUUUGAAAAUCAUGUAAAAAUGCUCGAUGAAUUUUUACUAUCUGCAGCUACGAAAAAAUUUAGAUUUGAAUGCCAAAAAGCAAUAAAUAUACCCGUAAAUGCAAUAUCGGGUAUUAAUCAACAACAUCUGAAAGAUAAAUAUGAAAGAUUAUAUAAUUUGCUUAUGGGAAAAUCUUGGCCGGAUGUUAAUCAAUAUCCGCAGGGUGCAGCCUUUUGUAAAAAUAUUUUAGCUAAAAAGAUAGUUAAUCAAGGUGAAACACUUGUUUCGAGUAAACCAAAGAUGGCAUUUCCUAUUGCUGCUAUAAUUGUAGCCCUUUGGAAUGAUCAUUCUGAUUUUGGUGAUCUACUUUUAUCUCAUUUUCAUAAUGUUUGUCCGUUUACGGUUCCUAUUUUUAUGCCAAAAAUGGUAGGACAAUCGAAUGAAGAUUAUUACAAAUUAAUGGGUUACAAAUAUGACGAAGAUGGUACAAUUGAGAAGCAUGAUAAAUUUUUAAAGAGAAUGUCUGGUUUGAUGAGAUUAUAUGCUUCUAUUACUAUCACGAUUCAAAGAAAAGGAAUUACUAAAACUAAUCCACAUGGACUUCAAAAUGCAUGGCGAUGGUUGGCUGCUAUUUUAAAUAUUGAACCACGAAAAGAAGUAUCAGAUAUAUGUGCGACUCUUUUAUUGGAUAUGCUUGAAGUUGCUGGAAAUACAUUAUGGACUGCUUAUCCAAAACAAUUCCAUAAACUCUUAAUUUUAUUAUCGGAAGAAUAUUAUCCACGUAUGAAAAAUGUAGGAUGUAUUGGCAGUGGUCCAUUGGUACGAUUAGAUGAAUUUUUGCGAAAUAGUUUAAGUAAAGGCUCAAUACCUGCUCCUGAUGGUCAACUUCCUCCAGAUUUUUGGUGAUCUCAGUAUUAUAAAUUAAUUAUUUAAUUUGAAUUAUAUAUCUUGUAAAUUUUUAGCUGUUAUUGAUAUUCGUAAAUCAUUGUCUAUAUAAUAUAAUAUGUGAGAAUUUUCUCAUGAAAAAAGAAUUUUAAACUAAUUUGUACAUAUAAAAAAAUCAUUAUUUGAAUAUCAUAUCUAUUUAUUAAACUUUCAAUGCAUGAAAAAUAAAAAAUGUAAAAAAAUGUAAAAAUAUUAAAUGAUUUAUGUAUAGUUUUGCGUAUAUCUAUAAUUGAUAUAUCAAGAAUAAUAUGAUUUUUAGUAGUAUGGUACACUUGUAAUUACAGAUUUUAUGCCAUCAAAAUUAUAUAAUUUUUCAAAAUUUUUAGUAAAUCCAGUAACACCAAAAGGAGCAAAUCUAUCUAUCCACUUUUUGUCUUGAUUUAAAUUUAACAAAUAAGUUGUAAUUUUUUUUGCAAGGAUAUCUGCAAAUAUGGAAUGGAAAUUAAAUUAAUAUUAGCUUUAGAAAAAAGACUAAAAACACAGGAAUAUAAGAAUAUUUUAUAGUUA